AUGGCAGCUCCGUGGGCCAAUGUGCCCAGUCACGAACAAUACUUUGUCCUCAUCACGGGCGCAAAUAGUGGUGUAGGCCUGGCCAUUUGUCAGCGCAUGAUUGACGAGUUCCUGGCCACAAGGUCCUCGUCUUCCCACCUGAUCCUGAUUCCCACAACCCGAAGCGCAAAGAAGUCGGCCGAGGCGAUCAACACUAUACGAGCCUACCUCGCCAAGACGGUCCCGCGGUCCAAGCAGCUCGCCGCCCGCGGCAUCAGUCCUCGAGACGCCGCAAACCGCGUCCACGUCGUGUCCGUCGAAGUCGACCUCUGCAAGCUGCCCACCAUUUACCAGGCGGCGCACCGUCUGGUCCACGGCGAGGUGCGCGAUCCCACGGGCGCGAUCCACCACGGCGACAAUGUGGCCAUCCCGCGCCUCGACGCCAUCAUACUCAAUGCCGGCUACGGCGGCUGGUCCGGCCUCAACUGGCCGCUCUUUGCCAAGCAGACCUUUACCGAGGGCCCGGCGCAGGCCUACGCGUUCCCCAAGUUCAAGAUUGCCCUGCCGAGCAAUACGCUGCCGCCGCAGGACAUUGGUAGAGGGGGCCAAGACAAGAGCGACGCCGCCACCACGGCCGACUCGCAAAAGCAGCCCGCCCUGGCCGAGGUCUUUACGGCAAACGUCUUUGGGCACUACAUACUAGCACACCAACUCCUACCGCUCCUGUCGCGGCCCGAAGACAGCGGUGGUGCGGCAGGAGUCUCGGCCGGCCGCAUCAUUUGGACAUCGAGUAUCGACAAUGAGGAGUCGCUCUUUUCCAUAUCCGACUUUCAGGGCUUCCACUCCAAGGGGCCCUACGAGAGCAGCAAGCGCAUCACGGACCUGAUCGCCGUGACGGGCGACCUGCCGCGCGUCCGCAAGGCGUCGGCCGACUACUUCACCUCGCCGGCCCUGCGCCCGGAGCAGCAGGCCCGCAAGCCGCGCUUCUACGUGACGCACCCGGGCAUUGUCCCGACGCCCCUGUUCCCCCUCAACGCCUUUUUGUACUUUUGGUACUAUCUGGCCAUGUACGCGGCCCGCUACCUCGGCUCGCCCUGGCACACGUGCGAGACGUACGUGGCCGCCUGCUCGGCCGUCUGGGUCGCGCUGACGCAGCAGGAGGAGCUCGACUCCCUCGAGGCGCACCGCGUCAAGUGGGGGUCCGCGUGCGACCGGUGCGGCAGAGCGACGGUCAAGAAGACCGAGGUGCCAGGCUGGGGCUGGGAAGGCAAGGUUGAGGAUGCAGAGGCCCUCAAGAACGACCCGGCGCAGGGUAUUCUGCGAAAGCUCAAGGGCCGCAAGCUCGGCGCAGUAGAUCUCACGGAAGAGAAGUUGGUAAAGUUUGAGGAAGACGCUAUUGCGUGUUGGGAGGAACUCGAGAAGCUUCGACGUGCAUUCGAAGAGAUUAUGGGAGAGCGAGCUUGA